GAGUUAGUGAGAGCGAGCGAGCGAGAGAGAGAGCAAUGCCGGAGCUUCCAGAGGUAGAGGCGGCGAGGAGGGCCGUCGAGGAAAACUGCGUCGGCAAGAAGAUAACGAAAUGCAUUGUCGCCGAUGAUUCCAAAGUCAUCGACGCGGUGUCUCGCUCGGACUUCGAAGCUUCCGUUCUCGGCAAGCUCAUCGUCGCUGCUCACCGGAAGGGAAAGAACAUGUGGCUUCAGCUUGAUUCCCCUCCUUUUCCUUCCUUCCAAUUCGGUCCUCCGUCUCUCUCUCUCUUAAACCCUAGCUUCGUUCUUUUCUCUUUCCGCUUUAACUGAAAACGUGAACCACGUGAAACUCUCCUUCGUUUUUUUACAGUUUUCUUUGCUGCUUAGUUCGCAUUACGUCUUGGCGUGGUUCUUGCAUUUUUGGUGAUGCAUGUUAACCAUACCUGUGCAUGCACCUAACGGCUUAAGCUUUUACAACAGUCGGUAACAGUGACACUGAAAACACGAUAUAAGGCAUGGCUGGUGCUAUAUACAUUAAAGGAGUCGCAGUAACAAAGUACAAAAGGUCAGCUGUGAAGGAUGAGGAAGAGUGGCCCUCAAAAUAUUCAAAAUUCUUCAUUGAGUUAGAUGAUGGUUUAGAGUUGUCUUUCAUUGACAAGAGGCGAUUCGCUAAAGUUCGUCUUCUAGAAGAUCCAACAUCAGUGCCACCCAUAUCUGAGCUUGGUCCUGAUGCUCUUUUUGAACAAAUGACACUUGAGAAGUUUACAGAGUCUUUGCACAAAAGGAAAACUGAAAUCAAGGCUUUAUUACUUGAUCAAAGCUAUAUUUCAGGUAUUGGAAAUUGGGUGGCUGAUGAAGUGCUGUACCAAGCAAGAAUUCAUCCACGGCAGGCAGCUUCUAGCCUGUCUGAUGUAAGCUGCUCAACUUUGUACAAAUGCAUUAAAGAGGUCAUUGAAAAAGCAGUUGAGGUUGGAGCAGAUAGUAGUCAGUAUCCUAACAGUUGGAUAUUUCAUUCACGGGAAAAGAAGCCUGACAAGGCUUUUGUUGAUGGGAAAAAAAUUGACUUCAUCACUGCUGGUGGUAGGACAACUGCUUACGUGCCAGAGUUGCAAAAGCUUAGUGGAUCUGUCGAUGUAAAAGAAACUGGUAAGACUAAAAGGCAAGCAUCAAAGAAAGCAAGUGCAGCUGAUGACACUGAGAAACCGACAGAUGGGAAAGAAAAGAAGGGGGCAAAAGCUGGAGCUAAAGGCAGGAAGCCUGCUAAAAAGAAAAAACCAGAGGAAAGUGAUGAAGACAAUGACAGUGAUGCUGGUACUGAUGGUGAUACUGAUCAAGUUGCAAAGAAGAAUUCAGGCAACGUUACUAAUAGUAAACAAGUUGGGGAAGAGAAGCUAUCAAAGAAAAGAGUUCAAAGCAAUCAAACUGGUAGGAGUUCAAAAAGGAAAGCUAAGUAGCAAGUAUGGGAGUUAGUUUUGUAUUUUGCUGUGUUCACACUAGAACACCAGAAGGGUGGUUUAUUAUGUGCCUGCAACUUAGGUUUGCUGUUUAUACGUUGUGUUUAUGAUCUGUUGGUCUCUUCCGCUUCAAAUAUCAUGUAUGAUAAUUUAAUAUCCCAUGUAGACCAAUGGAAGGCAUGAAUAGGAUGCCUUCAGUUUUUGUGACUAUUGUUAAUGCCCACUUCUUGUACAAAGCUACCAGGUAUUUUUAUGUUUUGAUUCAUGAUGUAUUGUCUUGGACGUCCAUUAUUAUAGUUUGUCAAUGAGAUCAAAAUGAGUUAGCUUCUUAGGGUUUUGGUCGGAUGCCUGGAAGAGAUUCAGGUUUUCGUGACUGCUAUAUUAUUGAUAGAUUCUGUGUGCACUUGCAACUUUUUGAGACCUUAAGUUUGAUUAAUUUUACAUGCUUUAAAUCUG